GUUCUCUAAGAGGGCUGACACUGCUGCCCAUAGAAUUGUUCUACCUCCCAGCCCUGCCUGGGGUUCCCAGGAGACCAAGAACCAAAGCUUCUAUAAAGUGUGAGAUCACUGGGAGAUUAGCAUUCUGACUGUCCUGAGACUCCUACCUCUGUCAGGAGCCAGGAGAGCAUCUCUGUAUGCAGACCUGCACAGAAAGUCUUCCCUCCCCCAGGACAGCAAGGAUGCCGCCUAAAACCAAAGGAAAGGGGAGGAAAACUGGGGCACAAAAGAAGAAAAAAAAUUCCAGUCCUGAUGCAGAGUCUGAGGCCAAGCAUAGGCUGGUCCUGCUGGAGAAGGAGCUGCUUCAGGACCACUUAGCUCUCCAGAGGGAUGAGACCCGCAGAGCCAAGGCUUCUGAAGACAGGCUGAAGCAGAGGUUGCAAGGGCUGGAAGCUGAACUGGAACGGGCCCAAAGCGAAGGGAAGGCUGUAUAUGCAGAAACAUGCCAAAGGGAGGCUAAGGCAGCAAGGGAAGAGACUGAGCAAGCCCUCAGAGAGCAAGAUGAAACCCUGGCUCAGCUUCGUGCCCACGUGGCAAACAUGGAGGCCGAAUAUGAGGAAAUCUUGCAUGGCAGCCUGGACUGUCUCUUGGCCAAGCUGAGAGCCACCAAGCCUCAGUGGGAUGCAGCUGUGCUGAGACUUCACACCAGGCACAAGGAGCAGCUACGUCAAUUUGCCCUCAACCCCCUGGAACUUUGAGGCCAUUGCCCUCUAAUCUCUGAGGCCUAGCAAUAAAGCAACUUGG